UACGCAAGGCACAUGGUGGAGUGCACAAGCAGGCUAGCGGAGAGGCUGAGGAAGGAAGCUGGGGAAGGAGGAGGUGAGGUGGAGAUAGGAGAGGAGAUGCAUAAGCUCACAGCUGAUAUUAUAUCAAGGACGGAGUUCGGAAGCAGCUUUGAGAAAGGCAAAGAGCUUUUUAACCAUCUCACUGUCCUCCAGCGCCGUUGCGCUCAAGCCACACGCCACCUCUGCUUUCCCGGCAGCCGGUUUCUUCCAAGCAAAUACAACAGAGAGAUUAAGUACCUCAAAAUGGAAGUGGAACGUUUGUUGAUUGAGAUCAUACAAAGCAGACGAGACUGCGCUGAGAUGGGUCGGAGUAGCACUCACGGUGACGACCUUCUCGGGCUUCUCUUGAACGAAAUGGAUAGCGACAAGAACAACAACAAUAACAAUAACAAUCUUCAGUUGAUAAUGGAUGAAUGCAAGACGUUCUUCUUUGCUGGCCAUGAGACCACGGCUUUGCUCCUCACAUGGACAAUGAUGCUCCUAGCCGAUAAUCCCACGUGGCAGGAAAAAGUCCGCGAUGAGGUCAGAGAGGUCUUUGGCUGUGAUGGCCUUCCCUCGGUCGAUCGACUAUCCAAGCUAACCUCGUUAAGUAAAGUGAUUAACGAGUCACUAAGACUUUACCCUCCAGCUACCCUUCUACCAAGGAUGGCAUUUGAAGAUCUAAAACUAGGUGAUCUAACAAUUCCCAAAGGUUUAUCAAUAUGGAUACCGGUUCUUGCCAUCCAUCACAGUGAAGAGUUAUGGGGUAAAGACGCAAACCAAUUCAACCCCGAACGUUUUGGAGGUAGACCAUUCGCGUCCGGUCGCCAUUUCAUACCAUUUGCAGCCGGUCCCCGUAACUGCAUUGGACAACAAUUUGCAUUGAUGGAAGCAAAAAUAAUAUUAGCCACGCUAAUUUCCAAGUUUAAGUUCACAAUAUCAAAUAAUUAUAGGCAUGCCCCAAUCGUUGUGCUUACUAUAAAACCUAAGUACGGAGUUCAAGUGAUAUUGAAGCCACUGGAUUCAUGA